AUGGCGCUCACACUUCAAACAGCCAUUGACAAGAGCAACCCGCUCGCAGAGGCCAUUAUCGUGCCACUUAAGCCCAAGGCCCUCACCAUCAGCUACUCCAACCUCGAGGCCGACGUGUCCGCCUUCCAGCGCAAGCUCGCCGAUCUCGGCAUCACAAAGGCCGCGCCUGUUUCUAUCGCGCUCGUCAACUCGUACGAGUUCAUCGUCUCUUUCCUCGCCGCUUCGUGGCAGCGCGGUAUCGCGGCCCCUCUCAACCCGGCUUAUAAGCAGGAUGAGUUUGAGUUCUACAUCGAAGAUGUCAAGAGCGCUAUCGUGCUUGUUCCCAAGGGAGCUUGGGCUGCUAGUGCGGCCAGUGUGAAGGCUGCUAAGAAGUUCAACGCUGCUGUUGCUGAGUGUUAUUGGGAUGCUGCCAAGGGUGAGGUUGCGCUCGAUGUCAAGGACUAUGGUCUUCUCAAGGGGCAAAAGGAGAAGGUUCUCACAGCUGAGCCUGAUGAUGUUGCUCUUAUCCUUCACACCAGCGGCACUACCUCGCGGCCCAAGGUGGUCCCUCUCACUCACCGCAACCUGACCCGAACCAUGAACAACAUCAAGAACACAUACCAACUCACACCCAAGGACCGAACCAUGCUGGUCAUGCCUCUGUUCCACGUCCACGGCCUUCUCUGCGGUCUCCUCGCUCCUCUCUUCACCGGUGGCUCUAUGAUCGUUCCCACCAAGUUCUCCGCUUCCGAGUUCUGGACCGACUUCAACACCCACAAGGCCAACUGGUACACUGCCGUUCCUACGAUCCACCAGAUUCUUCUCAAGAGCCCUCCUCCCAGCCCCAAGCCCGAAAUCCGCUUCAUCCGAUCAUGCUCCAGCCCUCUGUCACCCACCGUCUUCCAGCAACUUGAGGAGACUUACAACGCCCCCGUUCUCGAGGCUUAUGCCAUGACUGAGGCUGCUCAUCAGAUGACAUCCAACCCUCUCCCUCCCGCCAAGAGAAAGGCCGGAACUGUUGGUAUUGGUCAGGGCGUUGAGGUGAGGAUUCUCAAUGAGCAGGGCGAGGAAAUUCCCCAAGGCUCUGAGGGUGAGAUUUGCAUCAUUGGUGAGAAUGUCACCAAAGGAUACCUCAACAACCCUUCCGCCAAUGCCUCUUCCUACCACAAGAACGGUUUCUUCCGAACGGGCGAUCAGGGCAAGAAGGAUGAGGACGGAUACAUCAUCAUCACCGGCCGUAUCAAGGAGCUUAUCAACAAGGGCGGCGAGAAGAUCAGCCCUAUUGAGCUGGACAACGUCUUGACCCGUCACCCUAAGAUUGGUGAGGCUGUCAGCUUUGCUAUUCCUGACGAGGUCUAUGGUCAGGAUAUCGGUGUUGCUGUUGUUCUCAAGAACGGCGAGAAAUUGACUGCCGAGGAGCUGAAGGCUUGGGUAGCUGAGCGAUCUGCCAAGUUCAAGGUGCCCAAGAAGAUCUACUUCACCGAGAUCAUGCCCAAGACCGCAACUGGCAAGAUCCAGCGAAGAAUCGUUGCCGAGACCAUGAUGAGCGCUCCCAAGGCGAAGCUGUAA